AGUCCUUCGUCGGGUUGCGGUUGCGCAGACCAGGAUAGGCCCUCCAAGGGCAGCCUGGCUGCCCCUCUGCCCCUCUCCUCCCGCAGUCCCGUGAGCCCGAACGGACAGCUGCAAAUAAUGUCGCCAGCCGCACUGGUAACCGCCGCGCUUCGCCAGCAUGGGGCCCGAGGGCCGGGCGGCCGCACAGCCGACAGGAGGGGGGGGUUCGCGCUGAUGGGCCCUUGCCCCGCCUCUCUCACGGCAGGAGUGACAUGGCCGCCCCCCUGCGAGGCACUCGGGCCCUCCAGCUCACUCUGGCCCUGAUCAAGCCUGACGCGGUCGCUCACCCACUGAUUCUGGAGGUAAGAACGAAUCCAGAGCCUCUCCUGCACGCCUUGGGCGUUGCUUCCGCGUCAGGAGCUCCAGGGCCACUCGGGAAGCAUUGCAAUUCUCUGCUAUUCCUGAAUGCACCCAUUUUUGCUGGGCGCUUUUUCUAUCAGCGGCUGGUGGAGUUCAUGGCCAGUGGGCCAAUCCGAGCCUACAUCCUCGCCCACAUGGACGCCAUCCAGCUCUGGCGGACACUGAUGGGACCCACCAGAGUGUUUCGAGCUCGCCAUGUGGCGCCAGAUUCGAUUCGUGGGAGUCUGGGCCUCACUGACACCCGCAACACAACUCACGGCUCUGACUCUGUGGCCUCAGCCAGGAGGGAAAUCGCCGCCUUCUUCCCUGACUUCAGCGAGCGGCGCUGGUACGAGGAGGAGGAGCCCCAGUGGCGCUGCGGCCCUGUGCACUACAGCCCCGGGGCGGGCACCCACCGCGCAGCGGGCCGGGUGGCCCGGGGCCAGCCGGGCGCACACCUGCCGGGCUCUGAGGACUGGGGCCAUUGAGGCCUCCCCUGUAGGCCCCCGGCCCAGGGUGCUGGCCCAGGACCAGGAGGCCCACGGCUCGGGGCACUGCCGGCCCCAGGACCUCGCUCCGUACUGCCGCCUCCUUCGGAAUCUAGAUGUCUACCUCCUCUCUGGCACGUUCACGGGUGGUUCAGAGAAACGAUGGUCCGCCCUUCCUGGAGCAGCCUGCCUAGCUGACGCCUGGAAGAGCGGUGUCUGCUUCUCCGUCAGUGAGUCAGCUCCCUCUCCAUCCUCCCGGGUCCUGAGCCCGGGCCUCUGGUCUGAGUGAAGAGAGAACCGAGUCGAGAGCCCCCAGAAGGUCCACACACAGUGGUGCUCGUGCAGGGCCAGCGACAGGCCUGAGUGUGGGCUCCAGCAGUGCUGGGAGCCGGGCCAGGGCUCGCCCAGGGGAAAGGGCGCCUUUCAUUUGAACAAAGGUGUGUCUGCCCGGUAAAGGCACAUUUUUAUGCCUCACUGUUAUUCUGAUCUGCAGAGGUCCGCCAGAGGUGGCCAAGUCUCUCUUGUUGGAGAGGAUGACUGGUGCCUAUUACCUCGUUACACAUUACCUCACGAUUUAGUGGCUUAAACAAUGACUUACCUCACGUGUCUGGCCAGGUGAUUUUGCUGGUCUCACGUGGACUCGCCCAUGGCUGAUUCAGCAGAUGUGUCCAGUGCAGUCUUUCAUCCUGAGUCGCUUGCUGGCUUUUCCCAGGCUCCGAGAGGGCAGCCCCUGCCCAGGCUUAUCAAGCUUCUGCCGCUCAUCCCAUUGGUCUUAGCAAGUCACACGGCCAGCCCAGUGUCUGUGUGGGAAGGGGCUGCUCACGGCGUGGAUCCCAGGAGUCAGUCAUGAGGCCAUUGACAGCCUACUGCACGGGGACUGGUGGGGACCCUUGAAUUUACAUAGAACUUACAGAAAUAAAUACUUAAACAAGCCAACUAGGGAGGUGAAUAUAGAAUGUGCGUGUAUUCAGGCAGCUGGAGAUCGUAAUAGGAUCCAUGGAUAAAUGAAGAAUCAUACUGUGCUUCUGGACAGGGUCAGUUACCCUGCAAGCUGGUCCGUUCCUUCCACAUUAAGUAAACUCAGUGCAAGACCAGUCAAAACCACAGCAAAGUUUUGUGGACCUACAUAAUCCUAAAAUUCUUCUCUUAAAGAAAUUACAUAAUAGCUAAUAAAUUUAUGAAAAUAAAGAAUAAAAAGAAAGACUUGUCUUCUAAAAUAUAGCUACUCACUAUUAAGCCACAGUAAAUAAAACAUGGAGCAUUUUCUGAGCAGUAGACAGACGUGGAACGGCACGGCUGAUCCAGAGGAAAUGCAGAUGUUAGCGCCUUUCACCGACAUGUUUUGGAGAGGAAGUCGAGGGGAAGCUCAGCUUGGGACCGUGCCGGCCCGCUCUCGCCAGGUCAUACAGAAGCUGGGACAGGUGAAGGCCCACUUCCUUGCCCCACUACCCUCUUUGUGCAGGUGUUGACCUGACGCUGCCUACCAGUGCAGGUGGUGUGUAACCCCGGUGAGGAGCGCACAGUAGGCCCCUGCAGUGGGCUGUGUUCCAGGUACUGGCUUUCCCUCUUCAAGAGUUGAACUUCCCUGCCGACACGAGGCGCAGCACUGACUUCUCUCACCUGGUGAUGUGGGUGGCAAUGGCAUCUCUGCUAACUCCAGGAGCCAUAGUGUGAUCACUUCUCUGUCUUUGCCCUCUUGUCUAAGCGCUACUUGCCCCGCACAGGGUCCACUUCCUAGCCCUUGGUCGUGGACCGAGAGGCGACAAAGUAGAGGCAAAGCCCACCCGGUGCGGGUUCCCUGGGGAGAGGGUUAGGCGGCAGCCGUUAGAUCUCCGUGCAGACUUCAGGCCAUUUGCUGCUUCACGUACCAGCCCACGCCGAACCCGGCUCCUUCCAGAACUGCCGGCAGCAGAGGCCGGUAUUGACGGAGGAGGGCCAGCACCCCAGUGCUGCUCUGCUGGAUCCAUCGCGACCGAGCCGGGACAUGAAUGCUGCUGCAGACUCCCUCUCGAGGGACGGGGAGGUCCGGUCACGCUUACAGGAUCACAGCGUCCCGGUGGCAGAGCUGGGCCCAGAGCCAGUCUCCAGUGCCACAGCAGCUUUGCUUACUCGCUGCCUCAGGAGUUGCCUCCAGAGUCAACGACUGGGUGAAAAAGCAAAGCAAAGCACGGUAAGCGCACGUGCGGGGCUCACUGGAGAAGCUGGGCCCUUCAGUGCCAGGGAGAGGGUCGCCGCCAGCCGAGGCAAACUGGGUCAGGCUCUUGUAAUGCCUCCACACAUCUAAGUGGCUAAGAGCAGUCAAGGUGUUUCCCCUUGCCCGUGCUGCAGGUCGGUGACCGUGGCCAUGCGUGCGGCCGGACAGCAGAGGAAGAGGGGUAGAGGAUGGGUAGUGGCCUGGUGGGUGGUCGGGCAGAUGUGGCGCCUCACAUCAAUGAGGAGACCGUGCCUCAGUGUCUGGCGGGAGCAAACUGCCAUCUACACAGUACCUGUUGUGAUUGCAAACAAAAGCUGGCUUCUAAAACAGACUCUUUGCCUUGGUAGAGAAUGCGUCUCUGCAGAGGGUGGGCAAGGUGUGCACCCCUGCAUAUCACCCCAGUCACCAUCAUGUCCUUGACCUUCUCUACAGGCAAGCCGCCCAAGGAAGGCACCUGGUGGCGAGGGAAGGGCGCCGAAAAGGUAUUCCGCAGGAAACCUGCAGAAACAUACAACGGGCUAGAAUUACAGAACCUUGGUACAGAUGCCAGCUCCUCCAGGAAGCCCUCCUGGGAGCCUGGAGGAGGCUUGGGCAUUUGCAGGGCCACGCGAGCACCACAGCACCAUCCACGCAUGUAAGUUUAAAGUGCCUAGCAGCUACCCUGAGAAGUUCUUAAAAAAAGAAGUUAAUUUUAACACCAUUUAAUCCAACAUACCUAAAAUAAUGCCAUUUCAACACAUAACCAAUAUCAAAAAAGUUACCAGUAGUUUAUAUGCUUUUUUUCCCAACCAGCUCUUCAAAGUCAGGUGUGUAUGUGACACAGCAUGUCUCCAUGUCUCAAUAACCUUGAAUUUUCAGAGGUUAAAGGGAAACAUCAUCUCACCAAAACAACCUGCAUCUGAAGGGGAGAUAUUGUGGACUUCAGGACCUAGUUGCGAAUUAGUCAAAGGAAGUAAAAUCAGGACUUAGGUCCUCAGAUGCACUUGCCCCAGGCACUCCCAGGGGCCUAUGGUGGGGAGAACUGGGUGGAGGGUGGGCAGUGAGGGGCAUGGCUGGGGCGUCCUGGCGGCCAUGUGCUGGGCGUGUCACUAGGCCUUACUUCGGGGCCCACUCCUGAUUGCAGGAGGCCCCCCAUGCCCUGUGGUGGUAUGUCACGGCUGUGGUCCUUACGUGGCUUGAUUAACUCGUGGAUUCCGUUGACAUUUAUGCUAGAACAGCCCUUUUCCUGGGGCAUCCACGUGAGGUGGUUGGGCUGUGGGUCCUGUGCAGUCCACACAAAGACUGACUGCGUCACUGUGUCGUCCUGCGGCCAACCACCAGACCACGGGGCAGUCUGUCGUCUCCUGCCUGCGAUCCCGUGAAAAAUGUAAUGAGCUGCUGGCCUUUCCCCAGUGGGAGCACGCCUUCCAGUCAGAAGUCCUCCUCAUACCUGAAACGCAUCUCCGCAUGCCCUCAGCAGGGUCAGCGCCCGGUGUGUGGGUGUCCUUCUGAUGAAGCAGUGAGCUCUGGGGGCCAUGGCACCUGGGGACCGGGAAAGCCACCAGCACCGCCGCCAGCCUGGCAUGGAUCCGGGCCGAGCCCCACGGGGGCUUCCUGCUGCACGUCAGGCCAGGGCAGUGUUUAAGGAGCCACCCGUUUGGCACAGGAACACGCACUUUCUGAAGAGUAGCGAUAUUUCUCUGGUUGCCAGAGGGAUCCAGUUUUGUGAAUCCACCCACAUCGUUUCAAGAAACUUUAUUUGACAAGCAAGCCUCUGAGUUUUGUUGGGAUUUUCAGUCACUCCUGAUAAUGAGGUAGAGGCAUUAAGAUGGCAACCACAGCUUGCCAGUCACUGCACAGGAAACCACUCCGGGCUUAGCACAGUCGGAAGGCUCCUGCACCACGGGUGGAAGGGGUCUGUCAUCCGAAUACAGAUGCAAUUACAGGUGCAUGCUGUGCACCCCAGGACAAAUGGUUAAAAACAGUUUAAAGGACGCAUAAGUAGCCAAAAGUGAACAUGAAGCAUAAUCAUAAAAUCUGCCCAAAGGCUGCAAAGGAGAGAGGGAAAAAUAAAGCACGAACUGAAUGACUAAGAAACAGCCACGAGCUGUCAGGUUCCAAUCCAGACGUGUCUCUGAUCCAGUAACGGGCAGGGGUCCAGUUUGUGUCUGAUGUUUGCGCACUGGGGCCUGGCUCCUGGGGUUGGGGGUGCCAAGCCCCCCCAAGCACAGUUUUCAUAUGCAGAUAGCCUGGCCUUGUGCCCCAGAGCUGGCAGCACCAGCUUGGGACCCUGCUCCCCAAGCAGACCCGAAAUGUCAUCCCCCCGCCGACCCUGCCUUUAUUCCUCCCAGAAAAACCCUAAGACAGCUUUCCUGUGGUCUGUCUGUGCCUGCGCCCCAGUGUUGUGAGGCACGGCCCCUCCCCUCAGGAACUGCGCGAAUAAACGGCCUCUAAUGGCGGCAGCGUCCUGAUCUCACCAUACUGAACAAAAUCAAGAUCCUGGGUGCGUUUUAAGAUGAAAGGUUGAGGGUGGCCCGGGACCCUGGAGGACCCCUCCCCACCAUGCAGGCUGCUGGUUGAUGUCCUCUGCUGGCAUGCCAGGCCUCCCGGUCCUGCUCGGACUGCUCCGCGCUGUGCCCUGAGAGGGACCCAGACUGGCUCUGUCUUGAGCCCCUUGUUCUGUGAUUCAGAUCCAGCCCCUUGUGAGGCCCUUCAUCUUCCGUAUCAGCCGGGUCACCCCAACCCCCUAAGUGGGCUGUCAUUCUUGAUGUGCAGAUGGGUGGACAGGCCUGGAAAGAUCAGCUCACCUGUUCGGGGCUGCACAGGUGGAAGAGCAACCACCCUGCACCUCUUCUGCCCCUGGAGGCUGACCGGGAGUGCCCUGGCCCCUUCUGGGGAGCCCCCAGCCUAAGUCUUGAGACCUCAGUGGCAGGCAUCCAGGGCGGGGUCUCCAAGGGGCCCACCCUCAGUGCCGCCCCUCCUCGUGACCUCCCACUCUCUCCUCUGCCCUCUGUGCUUGCCAUCUGUGCCCCAACCCCUGCCAGCAGCCUUCACAUCUGCGUAAACAAUGGGAGCCACUCAGGGCCAUCUCCGGGAGCCUCGGCCUCUCAGGCACUCCUCACCCUCUGCAGCCCCCAGUGCCCCUGGCUUACAGGACCCUGUGCCCACUGUGGCCCUGCGCCAGCACUUGGGAGCCUCUCUGGCUUUGCUCUGUUGGCCUCCACAUCAGGCCUGGCACCUGCCACCCCCCGGGAUUGCUGGCUGGGUGCUGCAGAGCCCCUGUGCUGCGGGCUGCAAUUCUCUAGAAGCAGGGCCUGAGGUUGGGAUGUGGAGGCACAUGAUUUAGGGUGGCAGUCUCAGGAGGGGCAGAGGAGGGUGCCAGCAAGGGUGUGGUCCGCCCUGAGAAUGGCUCCAGCCAGAGGCCCCAAAAGCCAUGGAACCGAAUGGCACCCCUCCUCUGGUCCUGGCUUGAGGCAAGGCGCUGGGCCUUUGCACUGGUGAGUCGCCACCCGCAGGCACUCCUGGGCGUACUGGAAGGGACCAUAAGCCACUGGCAGGCACCUCCAGCCCGACAGGUGGUGGACAGCCCCAGGAAGGGGCUCUGGCCCAGCCCUGGUGGCAUCCAGUCCCCAGGGCACACGUUCCAGUGCAUGUCAGAGCCAAGUCAUCCAGACCGACCUUGUCACCUCCCCAUGCACGGGCUCAUCUCUGACCAAUGCCAGGAACCUGGCAGUCCGUGGUCAUACUCAGGCAGUGCCACAUUGCCCAGCUGGCAGGGUCCACCUCCACAGUGACUGUCAGCCUCUGGGAGAGCCUGCCUUCCAUUCUCCCUCCCCUCCUCUUGGUCCCUGCCCUGGGGACAGGUCUUUGCUGGCCUCCCUCACUGUCCACCCCUCCUAAACACACACACACACUGGAGCCAGGGCGGUGUGGCCAAGACAGGUGAAGGACCUGGUGUCCACCUGCCGACACCUCGCUUGCUCCUGACCGUGCAUCUCUCCGGCCCCGCACCACCCCCUCCCCUGCUGGCCUGCCCAGCGCUGAGCUGGUGUCAUUCCUCGCGCCUGCCUGCCCACUGCAGUGCCUGUGUGGAGGCAGUUUCCUCCCCACGCUGGGCCUCGGUCCCCCCUUUGCAUUCCUAUGUGUG